AGGAGCAAGGUCCGGAGUCAAAGCUGGCCCUGACCCUGGGCUGACCAGAAGGGUGCAGACAGAGCAGCGAUUCGGACCCCUUUUGGACCCUCCAACCAUGAGGCUCCUCUGGGGGCUUCUCUGGGGGUUCGGCUUCUUUGCCUCAUCUCUGCAGAAGCCCAGGCUGCUCCUGUUCUCUCCCUCUGUGGUCAAUCUGGGGGUGCCCCUAUCAGUGGGGGUACAGCUGCAGGAUGCCCCCGCAGGACAGGUAGUGAGAGGAUCUGUGUUUCUGAGAAAUCCAAGCCAGAAUAACAACCUCUGUUCCCCCAAAAAGGACUUCACUCUCUCUUCACAAAGAGACUUCGAGCUCCUCAGCCUCCAGGUUCCCCGGAGACUUGCAAAGACCUGUGGCCUCUUCAGCCUGCGCAGAAGCCCUGAGGUCCAGCUGGUGGCCCAGUCACCUUGGCUGAAGGGUGCUUUGGCCAAAGAGACAGAUAUUCAGGGUGUCAACCUGCUCUUCUCCUCUCGCCGGGGCCACUUUUUCGUGCAGACUGACCAGCCCGUGUACAACCCUGGCCAGCGGGUUCGGUACCGGGUCUUUGCUCUGGACCAGAAGAUGCGGCCGUCCACUGACAACCUCCUGGUCAUGGUGGAGAACUCCCACGGCCUCCGUGUGCGGAAGAAGGAGACGCACGCUCCCUCCUCCAUCUUCCAGGACGACUUCACGAUUCCGGACAUCGCCGAGCCGGGGACCUGGAAGAUCUCAGCCCAGUUCUCAGACAGCCUGCAAACCAACAGCAGCACCACGUUUGAGGUGAAGCAGUACGUCCUUCCCAACUUCCAGGUGAAGCUCACCCCUGGGAAGCCCUACAUCCUGGCCACACCCGACUACCUCGGUGAGAUCCAGCUGGACAUUGAGGCCAGCCUCCAGCUGGUGGACGGCCGCAGCCUUGUUUCCCUCUCGAGCGCCGAGCUCCGGGGUGCCCUGGAGAAGCUGAAUGUCAGUGUUCCUGACCUGCAGGGAUGGUGCCUCUAUGUGGCGGCAGCCAUCGUCGAGUCUCCAGGCGGGGAGAUGGAAGAGGCGGAGCUCACAUCCUGGUGUUUUGUACCAUCUGCCUACUCCUUGGAUCUUAGCAACACCAAGCGCCACCUGAUUCCCGGGGCUCCCUUCCUGCUGCAGGUGCUGGUCAGAGAAGUGUCAGGCUCCCAAGCCUCUGACAUUCCUGUCAAAGUCUCUGCCACAACUUCUGAGUCUGUUUCUAACGUCAAAGAGGUUAAAUUAAACACAGAUAGGAUGGGCCAGGUCAACAUUCCCAUCGAUGUCCCACGGAACGCUGCAGAACUUAAGCUCUUGGUAUCCGUGGGUUCCCAUUAUCCAGCCGUAGCCAGGCUCACCGUGCGAGCGCCAGCCUCGGGAAGCUCUGGCUUUCUGUCUAUUGAGCGGCCAGAUCCUCGGCCCCCGAGAGUCGGGGAGACUGUCGUCCUGAACCUCCGGACCGUGGGCCUCAGUGGGGCCACCUUCUCUCAUUACUACUACAUGAUCCUGUCCCGGGGCGAGAUCGUGUCUGUGGGUCGAGAGCUCAGGACCAUGCUGACCUCCGUCUCAGUGUUGGUGGACCACCGCCUGACGCCCUCCUUCUACUUCGUGGCCUUCUACUAUCAUCAGGGGCGCCCCGUGGCCAACUCCUUGCGCGUGAACAUCGAGGCUGGGGCCUGUGAGGGCAAGCUGGAGCUGCACCUGGAUGACCCCAAGGAGUAUCGCAACGGGGACAAUGUGAAGCUCCAGCUGCGCACGGAUUCUGUAGCCCUGGUGGCCCUGGGCGCGGUGGACACGGCGCUGUACGCUGUGGGAAGCAAGACCCACAGACCCCUGGACAUGCACAAGGUCUUUGAAGUCAUGAACAGCUACAACCUGGGCUGUGGCCCUGGAGGUGGGGACAGUGCCCUUCAGGUGUUCACGGCCGCGGGCCUGGCCUUUUCUGACGGAGACCUGCUGACCUCAGUCAGAGAGACUCUGAGCUGUCCCAAGGAAAAGAAAACCAGGAAAAAGAGAAACGUGGACUUCCAGAAGGCAGUCAGUGAGAAGUUGGGCCAGUUUGCUUCCCCAGCGGCCAGGCGCUGCUGCCAGGAUGGGCUGACACGGCUGCCCAUGGUGCGCUCCUGUGAGCAGCGGGCGGCGCGUGUGCCCGAGCCAGCCUGCCGGGAGCCCUUCCUGUCCUGCUGCCAGUUUGCCGAGACCCUGCGCAAGAAGAACCGGGGCGAGAGCCAGGCAGGCCUCGCACGAGCCCUGAAGAUCCUGCAGGAGGAGGAGCUGAUGGAGGAGGACAACAUCCUUGUGCGCAGCUUUUUCCCGGAGAACUGGCUCUGGAGGGUGCUGACAGUGGACCGCUCACACACGCUGCCGGUGUGGCUCCCCGAUUCUAUGACCACGUGGGAGAUCCAUGGCGUGAGCCUGUCCCAGAGCCAGGGGCUGUGUGUAGCGGCGCCUCUCCGCCUCCCGGUGUUCCGUGAGUUCCACCUGCACCUCCGCCUGCCCGCCUCCGUCCGCCGCUUUGAGCAGCUGGAGCUGCGGCCCAUCCUCUACAACUACUUGGAGAGGAACCUGACUAUGAGUGUCCAUGUUGCCCCCGUGGAGGGGCUGUGCCUGGCGGGGGGCGGAGGGCUGGCCCAGCAGGUGCUGGUGCCGGCAGGUUCUGCUCGGCCUGUGUCCUUCUUCGCGGUGCCCACCGCCGCAGCUUCUGUGUCCCUGAAGGUGGUGGCCCGAGGGACCUUUGAGUAUCCUGUGGGGGAUGCGGUGUCCAAGGUUCUGCAAGUUGAGAAGGAAGGGGCCAUUCACAAGGAGGAACUCAUCUAUGAGCUCAACCCCCUGGACCACCGGGCCCGGACUUUGGAGAUUCCUGGCAGCUCUGACCCUAACAUGAUCCCCGAUGGAGACUCGAGCAGCUUCGUCAGGGUCACAGCCUCAAAUCCCCUGGACACCCUGGGCUCCGAGGGGGCCUUGUCCCCUGGGGGCAUAGCCUCUCGCCUGCAGCUUCCUCAGGGCUGCGGGGAACAAACCAUGACCCUCUUGGCUCCGACACUGGCCGCCUCGCGCUACCUGGACAGGACGGAGCAGUGGAGCAAACUGCCCCCCGAGACCAAGGACCGGGCUGUGGAUCUGAUCCAAAAAGGCUACAUGCGCAUCCAGCAGUACCGGAAGAAGGACGGCUCCUAUGCGGCCUGGUUAACCCGGGACAGCAGCACCUGGCUCACAGCCUUCGUGCUGAAGGUUCUGAGUCUGGCCCAGGAGCAGGUGGGCGGCUCACUGGAGAAGCUGCAGGAGACAGCAGCAUGGCUGCUAGGCCAGCAGCUGGAGGACGGCUCGUUCCAUGACCCCUGUCCGGUUUUGCACAGAGGCAUGCAGGGGGGCUUGGUGGGAAGCGACGAGACAGUGGCCCUCACCGCCUUCGUGGUCAUCGCCCUUCAGCAUGGGCUGGCUGCCUUCCCAGACCCGGGUGCAGAGGCGCUGAAGCAGAGCGUGGAAGCCUCCAUCUCAAAGGCCAACUCCUUCUUGGGAAGUAAAGCAAGUGCUGGGCUCCUCGGAGCCCACGCAGCCGCCAUCACGGCCUACGCCCUGACGCUGACCAAGGCCUCCCAGGACUUGCAGGAAGUUGCUCACAACAACCUCAUGGUCAUGGCCCAGGAGAUUGGUGAUAAACUCUACUGGGGCUUGGUCACCACCUCUCAGAGCAAUGUUGUUUCGCCCACCCCGGGUCCUCUCAGCCCAACAGACCCUGUGCCCCAGGCCCCAGCCCUGUGGAUCGAGACCACAGCCUAUGGCCUGCUGCACCUGCUGCUCCGGGAGGGCAAGGCGGAGCUGGCCGAGCAGGCUGCAAACUGGCUCACUCAUCAGGGGAGCUUUCAGGGGGCCUUCCGUAGCACACAGGACACGGUGAUGGCCCUGGAUGCUCUGUCUGCGUACUGGAUCGCUGCCCACACCGUGGAGGACAAGGUGCUCAAUGUGACCCUCAGCUCCAUGGGCCGAAGUGGCUUCAAGUCCCACGUAUUGCAGCUGAACAACCAUCAAAUUAAGGGCCUGGAGGAGGAGCUGCAGUUCUCCCUGAGCAGCAAGAUCACUGUGAAGGUGGGAGGGAACAGCAAAGGAACCCUGAAGGUCCUUCGUACCUACAACAUCCUGAGUAUGAAGAACACGACGACCUGCCAGGACCUCCAGAUGGAGGUGACCGUCAUGGGCUUCGUGGAGUACACGAGGGAAGCGAACUCGGACUACGACGAGGACUAUGAGUAUGACGAGUUUCCGGCCGGGGACGACCCAGCUGCCUACUCGCGGCCUGUGACGCCCCUGCAGCUGUUUGAGGGACGGAGGAACCGCCGCAGGAGGGAGGCCCCCAAGGUGGCGCAGGAGCAGGAGUCCAAAGUGCAGUACACCGUGUGCAUCUGGCGGCGGGGCCAGGUGGGGCUGUCCGGCAUGGCCAUCGCGGACAUCACCCUCCUGAGCGGGUUCAGCGCCCUGCAGUCUGACCUGGAGAAGCUUACCUCCCUCUCUGACCGCUACGUGAGCCACUUUGAGACCGAGGGGCCCCGAGUCCUGCUUUACUUCGACUCGGUGCCCACCUACCGGGAGUGCGUGGGCUUUGGAGCCGUGCAGGAGGUGGCCGUGGGGCUGGUGCAGCCGGCCAGUGCCGUGGUGUACGACUACUACAGCCCCGAGCGCAGGUGCACCGUGUUUUACGGGGCACCGAGCAAGAGCAAGCUGCUGUCUACGCUGUGCUCCGGUGACGUCUGCCAGUGCGCUGAGGGGAAGUGCCCACGACAGCGCCGUGCCCUGGAGCGAGGGCUGCAGGACGAGGAUGGCUACAGGAUGAAGUUUGCCUGUUACCACCCCCGCGUGGAGUACGGCUUCCAGGUCCAGGUGCUCCGAGAAGACAGCAGAGCUGCCUUCCGCCUCUUUGAGACCAGGAUCACCCAAGUGCUGCACUUCACCAGGGAUGCCAAGGCCGCUGCUGGUCAGACCCGCAACUUCCUGGUGCGAGACUCCUGCCGCCUUCGCUUGGAGCCCAACAGGGAAUACUUGAUCAUGGGCUUGGACGGGGCCACCUUUGACCUCAAGGGAGACCCCCAGUACCUGCUGGACUCCAACAACUGGAUCGAGGAGAUGCCCUCGGAGCGGCUGUGCCGGAGUACCCGCCAGCGCGCAGCCUGUGCCCAGCUCCAGGACUUCAUCCAGGAGUACAGCACCCAGGGGUGCCAAGUGUGAGGGCGCGUGUCGCCUCACGGGGCGGGGGGCUGAGCCGGGCGAGGUGCCUGGUGGGUUGGGGGUGCAAUAAAGCCUUU